AUGGAACAAUUAGAUCUAGUCCAAGCUAACAUUUUAGCUUCAGGUGCUAACAAGAAAACUGUUCAAGUCAAGAAUGGUUUAGGUUCAUUGAUGGGCUCCAAAGAAAUGGUCGAGGUGGAUUUCGCCAAGGAUAGCAACAUGGAUUAUUUAUUGGAAAGAGAUGAACAAGAACGUUUGCAGUAUAAAUCAAAAAAGCAUAUUAGUGAGCAACCAUGGACUUUGGACAAUUGGCAUUUACACAUAAAUUGGUUGAACAUGGUUUUGGUUGUUGGUAUCCCAAUGAUUGGGUGGUACUACGCUUUAAGUGGCAAAGUUAAGUUGAAUCGUCAACUUUUGGCUUUUUCCAUUCUUUACUACGGUUUAGGUGGUAUCUCCAUCACUGGUGGUUAUCAUAGAUUGUGGUCUCACAGAAGUCAUUCUGCAAAGACCCCCUUGAGAUUAUUCUAUGCAUUCUUUGGUGCUGCUUCUGUUGAAGGUUCUAUCAAAUGGUGGGGUCACUCUCAUAGACUUCACCAUCGUUACACUGACACCAGAAGAGAUCCAUACGAUGCUAGAAGAGGUUUUUGGUUUAGUCAUAUUGGUUGGAUGUUGUUGAAACCAAAUCCAAAGGACAGAGCUCGUGCUGAUAUUUCUGACUUGAUGGACGAUUGGAUUGUUAGAUUCCAACACAGACACUACAUCCCAAUCAUGUUAUUCAUGGCCGUCAUUUUGCCUGGUUUGUGUUGCAAGCUUUUAUUCGACGAUUUUAAAGGUGGUAUAAUUUAUGCUGGUUUGCUUAGAAUUUUCUGUAUCCAACAGGCCACUUUUUGUAUUAACUCUUUGGCUCACUGGUUGGGUGCUCAACCUUUUGAUGAUAGAAGAACACCAAGAGAUAACUGGUUGACUGCUUUGAUCACUUUCGGUGAAGGCUACCACAAUUUCCAUCACGAAUUCCCAACUGAUUAUAGAAAUGCUAUCAAAUGGUACCAAUAUGACCCAACAAAGGUUUUAAUUUAUUUGUCUUCUUUGUUAGGUUUAAGUUACGAUUUGAAAACUUUCUCUCAAAAUGCCAUUGAACAAGGUAUUAUUCAACAAAAACAAAAGAAAUUGGAUAGAGAAAGAGCUAAGUUGAACUGGGGUACUCCAAUCAGUGAGUUGCCUGUUUGGAAUGCUGCUGAGUUUGCUGAGAAUAUUAAAGCUACACCAAACUUGGUUGUUAUAUCCGGUAUUGUCCAUGAUGUCGGUAAGUACAUGGAAGAACAUCCUGGUGGAGAAACUUUACUUCAAGCCAGUUUGGGUAAGGACGCUACCAAGGCCUUUAGAGGUGGUGUUUACUUGCACUCCAAUGCUGCUCAUAACGUCUUGGCCAAUUUGAGGGUUGCUGUUUUGCAAGAUUCCGUUGACCAAGCUCAAAGAUUUGCAUCAAUUAGAGGUGAAAAGGUUGACAAGUUUUGA